UGACAGCACUGAUAGCAGUCGUGAAACAGCAGCAGUAAGAAAGGAAAAUUAGAUUUAUAAAAGUUAAAAUUACUAAUUGCCAACAAUGUGAUGUCAAUUAAAAUUAAAACAAUAAUUUAUAAUAUACCCUAAACACGUCGUGUGUAUAAGGAACAGAGUGUUUAAGCCGAAAGAAAAUAAGUAACUUAGAAUCGACAACAACGACGGUGAAGAAGAAGACCUCAGUUCAAGGAGGAAGCGAAGUCCAACAAUCUAAGGUGUCGCUAAAUUUUCAAUUCACAGUCACUAAAAUCAUUAUCACCAUACGUAGAUGUGCACUCUAGUGUAGUAACUUUAGUGUUUCUUAAAAAAAAAAAAAACAAAUUUUGUUUUUCAAUACAAAAUAAUGGCCGGCAGAAUGCGUAACACAACAAAAGUUGAGGCACUUAUUGAGAGUUGCCGAAGUGAAGGGAAAUGGCAACGAGUUAUCGAGCUGACGGAGGAGCUCAAAACAGGUUCGCCAAAUAAUGAAUGCCUUGCGAAUUUCCUAAUUGGUGAGGCAAAACUUGAAAACUACCUCGAAGAAAAUGCUCCCAUCGAAAGUAAUUUUGCCAAAGCCAAAAAUGGACUGCAGGACGCACGCCGCUGUUUACAUCUAGUAACGGGGGAAAGUGGCCAGAAAGCAGGCAUAGCUUUGGAUGCAUAUUUGCUGUUGGCAAAGCUCUGCUACGCUUGUGGCGAAUAUGAGAAGAGUUUAGAAAACUUUGUUAAAGCGGAGCUAAAUACCUUAGCUGAAAAAGAAUUGACGCUACGUAGCCUGAAAAUAUUAGCUGAAUCAUAUGCUAUUAAAGGGUUGUGCUUGGAAAACCAAACCAGUAAACCUACGUCAAAAUUCAAAAAGGCCGAAAAGGAAGCCGAAAUGAUUACUUGCUUCGAGCGUGCCACAGACUUAGGUCUACUAUAUCUUCAGGAACAGGAUAUUGCGUCAUAUUCAUCUGCGACCAAUAGCGCAGCCAAUUCCGGAUCGAUGCUAGCAAUAAAUUCCACUAGUAAUAUGGGUGGACUGCAAUCCUCACUAGGAGGUAGUAGCUUAACUAUAAGCACCACUAUACCUGCCAAUCCAUUAGAACUAAAACGACACAUGGGAGCCAUACUCGAAACAGCAUUGCAACGCGCGCCAAUUGUACUUAUCAAGGCGGGCAAAUUGCAAGAGGCAAUCGAACGCUACCGCACCAUGCUGAAUGCCAUUGAAACGAGGACGACGCAGUCCUUGCGCUUAACAUUAGCGCGACAAUUGGCUGAGGUGCUGCUUCGCGGUGUCUCGGGCACAAUUUAUACAGCACCCUUCACGAAAAAGCCCACUGGACAGGCACUUCGUUCGACCACAACGAAACGUUUGUGGAAACCGCGUAAAUAUGCAGCACGUAAUCAGUUUACACCACGUAACCAUCACGAGGAAACACUAUUACUACUACUCAUAUCAGAAGCAUUAGCGGUGCGUGACACGGUGCUCUCACAGAGUCCUGAAUUUCGUGUGGCGCGUCAACAUGCUAUGGGUAAUGCUUCGGCAGUCUACGAUCUGCUUACACUUGCAACCGUGCGUUGGGGUUUGGUGAAUAUGUUGCAGGAGUCCUUUGAAAAGGCACUAAAAUUCUCCUUUGGCGAACAGCAUGUAUGGCGGCAAUAUGGUAUAAGUCUAAUGGCCGCCGGGAAGCAUGCCCAUGCAUUACGUGUACUACAAGAAUCCAUCAAAUUGACGCCAAGUGAUCCAUUACCCUGUUUGAUGGCAGCGCGUUUGUGCUACGAAUCUUUAGCAUUGAUCAAAGAGGGGCUGGACUUUGCGCAUCAGGCGCUAAAGCGCGAAACCAAAGGCAUACGUCCAACGCGGAGUCAACUUUUCGUCGGUAUUGGUUACCAGCAAUUGGCCAUACUGACAACGCUUAAAUCAGAGCGUGAUUCCUACAAUAAGUUGGCAUUGGAGUCACUUGAGAAGGCUGUACAAAACGAUGACAACGAUCAUCUAUGCGAAUACUAYCUAUCAUUGCAGUAUGCAUUACUUGGUAAUAUCGCGGAGGCACUAACACAUGUACGCUUUGCAUUAGCAUUGCGCACUGAACAUGCACCCAGUUUGCAUUUAUUCGCUUUAUUGUUGACCGCAUCGCGUCGGCCACGUGAAGCGCURGCUGUUGUGGAAGAUGCGCUGGACGAGUUUCCAGAUAACUUGAAUUUACUGCAUGUAAAAGCCCACCUGCAAUUGCAUUUACAAGACGCCGAAUUAUCGCUGGUAUCGGUGCAAAAGAUGCUGGCCAUUUGGCGUGAAUUGUACGAGGGACAAGUGAGUGUGGAGGAGGAGAAGCAUUCUGAUACCAGAAGUAUUGUGGUGCACAUGAAUCCAACAGCAGUGUCGUCGCAAAUGUCAGAUAAGGACUCAAAUUCUGUGUAUGCUGCUUCUUUGGCGGCAGUUUCGCGUGUUGAACAAGCUUUAAGUGAAGCAGCCAGCUCACUGAGUUCUUUUACACCACGUCCGGGACCGCAGCGGCCAUGGAUGAUACAGAUUAAGAUUUGGCUGCUGCUCGCCGAUKCGUAUUUGAACAUCGAACAGCCGCAUGAGGCAUUGAAUUGCAUACAAGAGGCAUCGCAAAUAUAUCCGCUCUCACAUCAAAUCAUGUUUAUGCGCGGUCAAAUUUACUUAUAUCUAGAGCAAUGGAACGAUGCGAAACAGUGUUUCCUUAACGCCGUUUCGGCCAAUCCAAAUCACACAGAGGCAUUACGCGCGCUCGGCGAAACACAUCACGUGCUUGGCGAACCACGCCUGGCGGAGAAGAUGCUGAAGGAUGCAGCGCGCUUAGAUCCCAACUGCCCAAAAAUAUGGUUCAGUUUGGGCAAAGUUAUGGAGACACUGGGAGAUUACACUGCCUCUGCUGAUUGUAUGGCGACUGCAUUGCAGUUGGAGCCUACAUGUCCCGUACUUCCAUUUACCUCAAUACCACUGACCUUCGAUUGAGUGUGACAAAUGAUGCAAUGUAUGCGAUUUAUAUUAUUUACAAUGUUGGCAAAUUGUGCAGUGAUUUAGCGGCACCCUAUAUUCAUUAGUAAUUAAAUCGUACAUAUAACAAUGCAGUUCAUUAAGCACUUGCGUAGUAUGUAUAAUGUAAGCGUAAAUAUUUACUUUAACUUACUUACUAAAAAAAAGGAGUUUAUUGAUGUGUUGUAUUAUUAGCCAAUGUUACACUAGUUAAUUGUUAUUUAUAUUGUACACCGUUACAUUUUUUUUAUUUAUUCAUUAAAAAUUGUAUAUCGUAGACAUUGUAAAUGUAAUAUAUGUAUAUUUGUAGUUAACUUAAAAUUCUACAUACUGUAUAUUUGAAGGAAGUUAUAAAUGGUGGUUAGAAAAAUCAGUUGAUUUCUUUUUCAACCACAGCAGAGUUUACCUUUGGUGAUUGCAAUAUUUAUUCGAUAAAAAAUUUAUGAAAAUACUGUUAUUGACGCUGAUAGUAAUAAAUGUGUGUUUCAGGUAUUUAUAGUUAUACAUUUAUCUACAUAUAUAUAUACAUAUUUAGUAUAUUAAUUAUAUAUACAUACCUCCUUCGUAAACAUAUGCACAUAUAAUAAUUAACUGAAUAUUAUUAUAUUGAAAAUUAAAAGUCGUAAUAAAAACCAGAUUUACAAAUAUAUAACCAUCAUUCCUUUACACCUUGCAGUAACUAGCAACAAUAUGUGCUCUACAUACAUAUGUUAUAUAUUAAAAAAUAAUCAAUAGUUAUGCUAAUAUUACAAAAUUAAUAAUUUAUUAUUAUUAAAAUGUUGAAACUAACAUUUCAAAUUACCAACAAAAUAUUCAAAAAAGUACAUUCCUAAAAUAUGGGUUUGAAAUAGUUGGUAUGCAACUCUGUAUGUUUGAGUUCUUAAUUAGAAUUAUUCAGUUCAAAAUGUGAGUUUGAAAUACGACUUUAUUUAAGUUUAUUUAACUUGCUAAUUAAUAUUGUACUAAAAUAUUUUAAAAUUCCUAACUAAUUCAUGAGACUAUGACAAAAUUWAAAAMAAAAAAAUSCCGAGACUUUAAUUUCUGUAAGGAUAAAAUUAUUGCUUUACUUUUUGUGAAAAAUAAAUCGAUGAUCUGAACAUCCAAUUACUAUUUAACUAAGCCACAUUUUGUUAGUUCAGUUUGUUGAAAAUGCAUUAAAUUUUACAAAAAUUUCAUGAAUUAAGGUAUUAAGYAGAAAAUUAAUUUUUAAUUGUCAAAUUGUUCACCCUAAUUUAUUUAUGUGUUAAAACAUAUUGAGGGUGUUAAGAUAUAUCACUAAGCCAUUAUUAAAUCGAAGUAUGCAUUUGUACUAACGAUUUAACAAAUAAAUAUAUAGAAUUUUGUGCAUCGCAAUGUA